GUCGGGCCUUACUUUCUCUGUUAUUGCCUCUGUCGUUUAUGUUGUAUGUGGGCGGUUGUGGCAUAACAACACACAUUGUCAUUUCUGAAAGAGCACAGGCAAAUUUCGGUAACAUUGGUCCUUCACAUGUUGAUUAUAAAGAGAUUAUAACCAAGCAUCAUGAUGCCUUUAUGGCUGGUAGUCCGUACCCUGAUGCCUUCUACAGUUCUCUGUGUGAUAAAGGAAAUUACCACAAUGUGUCUGAGGACACUCACUGGUCUGGUUUUCUUAAUGCAACCAUCAACUACAUCAGGAAUCAUUAUCCUCAACCCUGGGACACGGCCACAGAGAAACUGGUAGCCUUCAUGUUUGGGGUUGUCUCCCACCAAGUGUCUGAUGUUGUAUGGCACAGUCUCGGCAUGGACCAGGGCUUCAUCACUGCCAUGGGAAUGGAAAACUUUCAUGGCUCCUACAGUGAUGCUCGCUCAGCUGCUGAUUUCGGUGGAGAUGUAAUGAACCUGUAUGAUAUGGAUGUUACACUGUUCAUGGAUCCUCUCAAGGAAUGGUAUGUUCCUGUAGAUGACCUGACAAGGAUUUAUCAGGAGUUUUAUGGUACGACCAGGAUCACCAGUCCAGUCAUCGACAACUGUUCUACUUUACUCCUUGUAGGAGGGUAUGCUGAGAUCGCUGGUGGCUCAGAUGCAUAUGCUGCUGUUGCCAAUACCAGUCCAUUUCUUGUUGAUGAAUACCUUGAUUACUUCCUGGGCGGAGUUAGAGACAUGGCAGGUUGGUCAGCUCGACUGUGGAACCGCACCAUCACCAUGCUGGAGAACGGCACCAGUUCAUGUGUGAUCCCACACAAUCCACUGUUUAUCAACUGUAAUGGGUCAUCCUCACAAGAGUUUUACAGAUUUCACAACAAUAAGGAGAAGAAUGGCUUCUUUCGACAGCCUGACCUACGUGGUCUUACACAGGAUGAUGUUAUUGUGGAGAAGGCCUAUAGGGGUAUUCUUGUCAAACCAGGCCACAAGAUCAGGUCUUUAUUAGAAAAGAGGAGGAAUGCUAUACUAACAAGGAGGAAGAGUAUUAUGGAGGAAAAGAAGAAAAGGAAGGAAUUGGAACAACUAAGAGACAGUCCAAAUAUGAUGGGUAUCUACUACGCUCCUGACAGAUUUGCUAAAUUUGGAUGGUCACUUGCAGUUGGUGACAUUAGUGGUGACGGUAAUGAUGAUUUGGUGGUGGGGGCCCCUGGAUAUGGGGGCGGAGGCAGUCCUGACCAAGGCAGAGUGUAUAUUUUAUAUGGGUCGGAUGAUGGAAUACCUGUUGCUCAAGGUGCCUUUUAUGAACUUAAUAUGAAUGAACAAGCAAAUUGUACUCUACAUGGCCCUCCACAGGCCCAGUCCCUGUUUGGUACAUCGGUGGCUGUGUUAGAUAUUAACCAGGAUGGAGAUCUAGAUGUGGCUGUAGGAGCUCCAGCAUUCAGGAACCAUGGACAACUUGACUACAAUGGAGCAGUAUUUAUCUACUAUGGUAAACUGAGACCUAAUGCUACACUCUACCAACCAAAUAUAACAAUCACCUGUAAGAGUCAGUACUGUAAUCUUGGAUUUACCAUGACGACAGGUGACAUUAACAAGGAUAGUCACCAUGACCUGUUGUUGGGGACACCAUACUAUCAGGUGGUGGCAAAUCAGAGUGGCAUUGUAUCAGCCCUGCCCUCUAGUCAUGCUUACUCAGGACACCUGGUGAUAACAUUUGAAUCUUUGAUUGAAAAAUGGAAUUUACAAAAUAAACAGGCUUACAGCUGGUUUGGACACAAUAUCAGAGUACGAAAUGGCCUGGUUAUGGUGGGACAGCCUUACUUCAGGAAAUGUAGUAGACCUGACUGUCAGUUGACCCCAUCUGACCUCCAGACUGUCGGGGCGCUGAACCUCUACAACCUGGGAAUGACUUACAAUAUUUCUGGUCUCACUCUACAUGGAGAACAGCAGUUUGACUUGGCAGGAUACAGUGCUGAUGUUGGUUUUCCCUACGAUAAUAAAUCGCUGAUCCUGGCUGUAGGUGUGGUGGGGCGUGAUGCCUCUGGAACAUACUUGACUGUGCCUGUCCACAUCCACCAAGCAGGAGUAGUAUUUGUGUAUAACAUUACAAACAAUAACGUCCAACUUCUGGCUACCUUCACGGGCGACAGACAAUUUGGCAGGUUCGGCAUUUUUGUCAAGUUUGAAGAUGUAAACGCGGAUGGUAUAGAUGAUCUAAUGAUUGGAGCGCCACGACGUAAUUAUGACGCUACAGACAUUGUACCACGAUGGUUCUCAGAAGAUUAUGAUGGUAAACUGUACAUUUACUAUGGGGGUAAAUACUUUCCUAAGGGAAAUGCUACUUAUUCUACCAAGUGUGGUCAGUUCCAGCCAUGUCCUCAGACAAUGGCAAAUUAUACUGCUGAGGCGGAUGGAUACAAAGUAAAGCUAGGAUAUAGUGCUGCUAUUAUAAAAGCAAAAAAUCGGAACAAUAUGGUGACCCCGGUGCUAUUUGGUGACACACUCUUUGACAACAAGUCCUGUCCUACUGUUUAUGUAUACCGAAUCAACACCACCACAACGCCAUACGAAGAAGAUAUUGGGGAUCAUGGAUUGAGUUGAUAAAGUUUCCUUUAUUAAUGAUAUUAUAUUAUAAUAAGUUGUUAAUUUGUUUUCUUAGAAAUCCAUAUUUUUUAAUCAAAGGCAAUAUUGAAAAGGGACCGGUGUCCAGGAGAAAAGAUUUUAUGAUGACAAAGGGUUACUUAUGAUACGGGUAUGAUGAGAAAAUGUACAUUACCUUGUAUAGUAUUAUGACAGAAAAUAUGUAUGAUGAGAGGAGAUAUGUAUGAUGACAGGAAAUAUGUAUGAUGAGAGGAGACAUGUAUGAUGACAGGAAAUAUGUAUGAUUAGAGGAAAUGUAAUUUAUAAGGAGAAUUGCUUACAAUUAAGGGAAGACAAUUUAUGAUUGCAGAAAUAUUUAUCAGACUAUACAAUUAUGGUGAGAGGUAAUAUUUAUCAUGAAAGAGGAUAGUGAGAUACAUAUGAUGAGAGAUGUGAAAUUAGCAAAGAUUUCAAAGGAAUCACCUGUCCAACCAUGUAGAUUUUUCCCAGUACUUUGUACACAUUCCUUUUUUGUGCCAAAAUAAAAUGAUAAACUAAUUAA